UAUUCCAUACAAUCGCUUCUCUCGGUGUCUUCCUUUGUCCACCGCAUUGGUAUUGUAUGUUUUAUAGCCCAGGGGGCUCGCGCAUCGCUCGUCGCGGAUGAUGGUAUGGAGUUCCGGCGACGAUCCCCGGUGGAUGCGGGGUUGGGGUUACGGCAGCGGUCCCAUAGUGCCGGUACAGCUCCGCCUUCAGGCGGCGUCACGGGCGCGUCUGCAUCGGGCUGGACCGGCAUCCCAUAACCUGAGCCCACAACAUCAGACAGACAGCGCCGGAGAGACCCUGCGUAUCAGACCCGCGUAAAAAGCCCAUCAGAGAGCGGAACAGCAGCUAAGCACCAGGAAGCAUGUCGGUGGCGGGACUGAAGAAGCAGUUUCACAAAGCCACUCAGAAAGUGAGCGAGAAGGUCGGUGGCGCCGAGGGCACGAAGCUUGAUGACGACUUCAAGGAAAUGGAGAAGAAAGUGGAUGUUACUAGCAGAGCGGUGCUGGAAAUAAUGACCAAGACCACGGAGUACCUGCAGCCCAACCCUGCAUCCAGGGCCAAGCUGAGCAUGAUCAACACCAUGUCCAAGAUCCGCGGCCAGGAGAAAGGGCCGGGUUACCCACAGGCCGAGACCGUGCUGGGAGAGGCCAUGCAAAAGUACGGCAGAGAACUCGGGGAGGAGUCCAGCUUCGGCUUCGCUCUGAUCGAUGCUGGGGAGGCAAUGCGGGAAUUGGGGGAGGUGAAGGAUGCCCUGGACAUGGAAGUGAAGCAGAACUUCAUCGACCCACUGCAGAACCUGCACGACAAAGACCUGAAGGAGAUUCAGCACCAUCUAAAGAAGAUGGAGGGCAGACGUCUAGACUUUGACUACAAGAAGAAGAGGCAGGGCAAGGUGCAGGAGGAGGAGAUCAAGCAGGCACUGGAGAAAUUUGACGAGUCCAAAGAAAUUGCCGAGCAGAGCAUGUUCAACCUUCUGGAAAGCGACAUUGAGCAGGUGAGCCAGCUGGCCGCUCUGGUCCAGGCCCAAGUGGAGUACCACCGGCAAGCGACGGACAUCAUGCAGCAGCUGUCCAGCAAGCUGGACGAGAGAAUAAAAGAGGCCUCCAGCAAACCCAGGAAAGAGUUCGUCCCUAAACCACGCAUGGUCAUGGAGCUCACCCCCAGCGAGAACCACAACGGAGGCAUUUCCCACAGCGGCCCCGCCAAGUCUCCAGCCCCCAUGGACCAGCCCUGCUGCCGCGCGCUGUACGACUUCGAACCCGAGAACGAGGGCGAGCUGGGCUUCAAGGAAGGCGACGUCAUCACCCUGACGAACCAGAUCGAUGACAACUGGUAUGAGGGCAUGCUGCACGGCCAGUCGGGCUUCUUCCCCAUCAACUACGUCGACAUCCUGGUGCCCCUGCCCCACUAAAGCGGCUCCCCCUGGUGGCGGUGCUUGUCGCCGACACGACCUCCCGCAUCUGUGCUACUGCUUCUGAUGAUAAACAGAGAAGAAGACGAUGACAACAGCUGCAAUCACAUGGCCCAACGUCUCCGCUGAGGAUGGUAGAGCCUCUGGUGCUUCCCUUCUCCAACAUUACCAUGAGAUCAGUGUACCGUUUUGGCUUUAAGCGAGCAGAGCAGCGGCGUGGCGAAGCUGAUCAUCUCCCCCCUUCCGAUUUCACAGUUUUCGGUCUGACAGAAGAGAGUGGUGACACAAAGUUUCUCUCCUAAAUCUUAACCUGUCACUUGAAGUGAUUUUUUUUUAAGCAAUAUGCUUCUUCAAGAGUAUGUUUUAAAGGCUUCCUUUUUUGGGUAGUUUGAACAAUAUUAGCUCUGUUUUUAGACAGGAACAGGAACAGGAAACGCGCCAUGUAGCACGGUCCUCUUGCAUGCUGGGAUACGGCAGACUUCUCCUUCCAUCCAGCUGCCAUCCGCCUUGGCAGCCCUGGCAUUUCUUCUUCGUUUCACCACAGUAGGUAUAAAUUGUAAAAAGGGGUGUUUAUUUGGCUCAUUCUGUGUACACAAGCUCAUUUAAUACUCAUUUUAUGCCCGUUCAGGAAAAGUCACAUGCUAAAAUGGACAAUAAUAUUGAGAGAAAAUAUAUUUGUACUGUAUGUUAAAGUGUGUAUGUGCUCUUUGUAUGCAAUUAACAUGAGAAUAUUUUUAAGAUAUAUCAAAUUAAUAUAUUUGUAGUACAAAACAAUAUUAUUUACAAUAAAGGGUUCUGAUACGCCUUUACUUUUAAUUCAGUGUUUUGAGAAUUAUGAAUUGGUAUUACGUUUCAUGUACAUCCCCGGGGGCCAAAAUGAUCCAAAUGGAGUGAGAGUAAGGACAGCAAUCCCAGCAUGCAAGAGCAACAAGGGAAAGACCCAACUGAACAGGAAAGGCCUACUGGCAAUUCGCAAAGUGGAAACGCAGAACGUCUCAUCUGCUCAUACCUGCCUUAUUAGUAACAUAAUAAGCAUAUAAGUGUUGAAGCAGCAGUCCAGCAAAACUAUGAAAUGGCCACAAACUUCAAAGUAAAAGCCUCAGUGAAUUCUGUAAUUGUGUAUGAAAUAAUGAGCUAAGUACUUGUGAAAAUUAUCUGUAUCGUGACGUAAGCGAGUGAACAGAGGUACCUGUCUUCAUUCUCUGCUGUUGAGGACACUGUAGUCUUGUUUCGGUAGGCAGGACCCUGUCCUUGCUGUGUCGAAUCCUAGAUCUUAAUAGUACAGCCGUCUAAAUUGUAGAACUUAAGUAAAUUUAUAUGACUGUGUUUAUCAUAGAUUACAGGUUUAAUCCCAGCUUGGAUGACUGCACCCAUCCCCUGAGGAAAUCUCAGUAAUUACGUCAUCACAACCCCUCCCUUUCUGGAAAAAUCCAUUCUUCCAGUCGAGAGACGAGGCUCCCUUUUUCAUUUUAUUUUCCAAAUGUUGGGUACCAGCUGUACUUUAUCCUUUGAAGCCCAUCAUUUCCCCCACACUGGGCUUUGCUGUAAUUUUCUCAGUUUUACACUCCAGCUUGGGGAAGACCACAGAGCUUGAAGAUGAAGGUGCUUAUGAUUGUGCUGGAAUCUCUCUCGGGCCACGAGCUGAGGUCAUUUCUAACCGAUAGCGAUACCACUGGCUCCCUGAUUGCAGUACCUGUGCAGUACGUGUCUUUUAGCCUGUCAUGGAAACAUUCCCCAAACAAGAUUGUGAUUUUAUAGAGUCCGUCAGCCUGUAAACAAUGGCCCAGUGUAUCCAUUGGCAUCAUUUAACUGAAUCUGUGAGGGGAGUUGGACUUUUUACUCAGUGAUGCUGCACACUUAAUGUUUAAAAAUGAACAUGCACAUUAACUUGCAAAUCAUUUUGAUCUGCUGGGUGUUGUGCUUGGUUGAACUGGUGGUUCAGUGGGGGGGGGGGUGCCGUCACCUACUACCUGCUGGCCUGGCAGUUUGAAUGCUUCCCCUGCUCCGUUUGUGUGGGACUUUUGUGUUCUCCCAUGUUGUGUGUCCAAAGACAUGCAGCUGGAUGAGCAGUUUGGAAACCUGCCCCCUUGAGGCUAAUGACGGGAGUCGCAUUUCCUAGUGAUGGACAAGAUGACAGUUCGUGAACCAUUUGCUGUAUUUCCUGACCCCACUAGAUGGCGGUCUUGGUUUGCGUUGGAGCAUGCUUUGAGGCCUUUUUUGAACAGAGAGCAGUGGGGUCAGAAAAUACAGCGAAUGGUUCAUGAAGCGUCAUUUUGUCCAUCACUAGUAUUUCCCAUUCUUCUGUCCUUACAUCCCUACCAUUGCUAGUGUGCUUGGCAUGUCUGUGCUGUGCAGCUAACAGUGUUUUAAACAUAGAGUACCCAUGCAAUGUCACCAGUGCUGCGGGGAGCCGCAUAUCUGCUCUGUCCUUCACAUGUGCCGUGCGUGUGGUGCUGCUCUGUCAUCUGAAAAGUCAUGUGACCAGGAGCGGCGGGAGGGGCAGCCUUCCUGCAGAGGAGGGGCAGGGCAUGGCCUUCGCUGAAGUGAUGGCUGUCGAUCAGAUGGCCCAGGCACAGCAUGAACUGGCAGCUCUUUGGAUUUAACAGCGGCGUUUCUGUCACUUCCCUGCAGCUUCCUUCAGUUUGUUUCAGGAAGAGUAUUAUGAGCAUUUUCACUCAUACUGAGGACUGUACAGCUUUCGUGCUUGUGUGCAACCUGUGUGUGAAAUUGUGUAUCAAGUUUGGCCUUUUUGUACAUUUAUCAAUCACAACAUACUGGGCACAUGUUCAUGUGUGCUGAACACAGUUGUUGUCCUUGAAUUCUUCUUUUUCUUAUUUUUUAUUUUGUUUCCUGUGCCAGCUUACAAGACAAUGUAAUGCUUGCUGUGAGAGGAUCUCUGUCAUUUAUUGGAAUAAAUACGAAGACAACA